AGAUAUGAGAAGACACCUCUUGCCAUGACUAAUACUUUUCUUUCUCAGAAACACUGCUUCCUCUUUGUUCACUUCAUGUACUAAUCGUCAGAGUGCCUGCAGGAUAUGUCGAGUGUGACAUGAGCAGCAUGAGAUCACUGGAACAUUCUCUGAUGUGAUUGGAUUAGCGGUCCUAACACUGGAAUCACUGGUGGUCAGACACCCUGGGGAAUCAGGCUGGCCCUCCAUGGGUGUGGUCAGCACUUGUGGCUUGGGGUAGACAAGAGUUAGAGGAAGUACCAUUUUAACUGAAAAACUAAAGCUGUGCCUACACAGAGGUGGAUUUUUAUUUACCCUGGCAAGGACUCAUGUUUUCAUGUCUUUCCUUCAACUGUGUCCUGCUGCUGCUGCUGCAGCUACUACUGACAGGGUCUUUGGAAGUUGCGUAUAUAGCUGAAGUUGGUAAGAAUGCCUACCUGCCAUGCAAAUACAAUCUGCCUACUUCUGGGACACUUGUGCCUCUGUGUUGGGGCAAGGGACCCUGUCCUUUCUCGCAAUGUACCAAUAUGGUGCUCAGCGCCAAUGAAAGAACCGUGACAUAUCAGAAAUCCAGCAGAUACCGGCUAAUGGGGGAUUUCUACAAAGGAAACGUGUCCCUGACCAUAGAGAAUGUGACUUUUGCUGACCGUGGAAUCUACUGCUGCAGGAUACAAUUUCCUGGUCUAGGGAAUGAUAAAAAAUUAAACCUGGAGUUAGACAUCAUCAAACCAACAGAGACACAGACUCUGUGGAUCCUCUGUGAUAAAAAUCAAACAAAAAUGUCCACAAUGGGUGAUGAGUUGGAAGACUCUGGGGAAACCAUCAGAACCGCUAUCUACAUUGGAGUAGGAGUCUCUGCUGGGCUGGCCCUGGCACUUAUCUUUGGUGUUUUAAUCCUUAAAUGGUAUUCUUAUAAGAAAAAGAAGUCACAGAAUUUGAGCCUCGUCACACUGGCCAACUUCCCUCCGGCGGGGCUGGAGAACGCAGGGGCAGGCCGGAUUCAUUCGGAGGAAAACGUUUACACCAUCGAGGAGAACGUGUACGAGAUAGAGAAUUCAAAUGAGUACUACUGCUUCGUCAGCAGCAGGCAGCCAUCUUGACCACCUCGGGGCUGUCACUUUUUAAGACUUCCCUUCAUUUUUGACUUUGGUAUUUUCCUUUUUGAA